GCCAGGGGAGAGGGUUCCGGCCCUGGCUCCACCCACUUUCACAGGCGGCCCCGCCCACUUCGCGCUUCUAAAAGUGUGAAGGCGGCGACGGGUGGGCCUUGUCAGUUGUGGUUGGAGCGGGACUGCGAAAACUGCCGAGGCUUUAAUUCGCCGGAGUUCGCGGUAAAUGUAUGGCUCCUCAAAGUGUUUAAAAUAAUGGAAACAAAAGGAAUGAUUGGUAAGCCCCUCCAGCCAGCAAGACCUGCACGCCAUCUCUCGUCCCAUGUAUCAGCAACCACUUUCACUUUCCAGACAAAGUUUCCAUGCAACCCUUCUGUACGUUUGCAUAAUGAAAUUAGUUCGAUGUGCAAGUCUAAUGGAAUGCUGGUUUUAAAUGACAGUCUGAUUCCUACACUGUCAGAGCAGCAUAAACCUGAAGUUGCAAAAGAGAGAAUAACAUAUAGUAGAGAUUUCCUCUUGAAGCUUUCAAAGGUUUCACUUGCACAAAAGAAACCAGAAUUUCUUCCCGAUCAUCCCAUUGUACUUGAAAAACCAAAAAACUAUUUACUACCUACUGCAAGCAACAAUAGGCCUUUCUGAAGAUGAGGAAUGUGUCUUUUUCACCACUAAAAAUUAAGGGAAAUGGGAUCUGUAAUGCCAAUAGACUGUAAUCAAAAUUUAUCUUUUACAGUUGGUGUACCCAUCAGUUCAUUUCGGAAGUAAAGCUGUUUUCAACAGAAAACUUAUGUGAAAACUUCAAGUUUUGUAUGACUUAAACCAAUAGUUCAUUGAGCUUUUGUAGUUAUAAAGGAGAGAACUGCUAAAAUGAGGCAAAACCACUGUCACUUUUCAAAUUUGGAAAUGUUGCCUAUGACACCAUAGCUGUGAUUCCCGAAGGACUGAAGUUCACUUGAUCACUUUUGCUGCAACUGAUUAGAUAUGUGCAAUGGUGAGGAAGGCUAUUCUCAUUGGUCGGCUACUAUAAACUACUGACUCCUCAUGGCUACAUACACCUUACAGUAAGCCUUCAAACCACCAUCACAUAGUAAACAUUCCUCUGUAUCAACCCUUAGUGAAUGUUAAGUACGCUGUGUAUUAUAUAUGUAUAUCUAAAAUACUGGCUAGUCUUUUAUAAAAGCACAUACUUAAAUCUCUUCCAUUGAAAUCAUUGGGACUUGACUUUGGUUGGAUUGUGCCAUUUUUUUUCUAGUGUUAUAACAUUUCUGAUGUAUUUAUAAAUAGUAGCGGUAUGUUUUAAUAAUUUUAUCGUGACCUGUCCUUUUCCCUCUCUGCCUUUCACCUUAUCUUUUUCCAUCAAUCACUGUAACUCUUCCUAAAUAAACUAGAUUGAUUCAGGGUGGUGUGGAUUUUAAACUGUGUAGAGUUAAUUAUGUGACUGUAAGCCACUGAUCUUAUUGUCUUAACUUUAGUCAUCAGUAUACAAAACAGUCCUACUUGGGAGUAGACCUGUUGAAAUGAAUCAACUUAAGUCCAUUUAUUUUAGUGGGUCUGUUGAGUAGGACUAAAGCUUGAUAACCACUCUCUAUAACCAAGUGAUAUCUUUCUAGGUUAACGGUAGCUGUUGCUAGCAGCUAUAGCUCUGUGGCACCAGGCAGUGGAAUUAUAUAAAGGCUAAGUCCUAUCCUGCUUUUUGUACUAAAAAUAUAGUAGUUUGUUCUGCUAGACAUAUCUCACUUUGAUUGCCAACCUAUCUGCUGCUGACAUUGUAGACAGAUAUACAAAUAAUGGUUACUUGCAACUUGUGCGGGGUUCUGUUCUAGGGAAUGCGCGUAAAGCCAAAAUUGUGUAUAGUCAGAACAACCUCUUGAACUGCCCCCAUGUGAGCAUCCCUACCACUCCAAAGCCAGUGCAGCAAAUGGACUUUGCCUCCAACACAAGGUGGAGAGCUUUUAAGCUCUCUGCUUUCCUUACUGGGCUGUGUUCCUUAAAUGGACAUCCUUGUCAUAAACAUUGUUACAGGUAACUUAAGCGAUUUCAACUUUGCUACCAGUCAGUUGAAAUUACACAAAUGAAAUGCACUGAAGGUGGACAGCUAAAUUCGUUCUCAUUUGUGACUUGACCUAUCAUUGUUGGAAGUAAGACUGGUAAAUGGCCUGUGUUUCUGAUCUUUUCCGAAGGCUGCAAACAGGUUUUAAAACUGAGCUAAUCCUUGUGUGUGGGUUAGGAGUGUAGAGAUGGAAUAGCACUUUCUUCCAUGGACAAAGUUUUUCUUGAAAAUCUUUUGGCUGUGCAUGGGCUUACA